CACCCUGAAUUCCGCUUGGCUAGUGAACUUGACCCAAUUCACCUCGUAUGACAAAACGAGUUUCUUGCCGAAAGCCCGAUGUUGUCGCAUAUUCCACCCCUGAGUAGCUCUCGUUUCCCAUAAGCAAACAAGCCGCUGCCAUGGGCGACACGGAUAAGCCGAAGGGCGACCCCCCUGCCAGCAGCAGCGUCGACAAGCGGGAUAGGGAACAUGGCAUGUUCCAGGAUUCCCUCGUAAUGAAACAAAGCGACGAGCUGGAAGACGGUUUUCGGGAAAAGCUAGGCGCCUUCUUUGACGAGGGGCGGCUUCUUGAAAUCUACGAGUUUAUCAUGAAGCAUCGCCCGGGGAAACCUGUGCGGCCUGGGCGCAGAGUACGCGGCAGCUACAAUGCAGUUUUCCCCCUUGAGUUUCGCGACGGAAGCGCAGCUGCUUUGCGAGUGCGCAUCGCUGGCCAAACCGCGUUCCCGGACGAGGCAGUCCGCGUCGAAGUUGCCACCCUGCGCUACAUCGAGAAGAUGACCUCAAUACCGGUUCCGCACGUCUACCACUGGGGCACCGCCGCUGAGAACCCCUUGGGACUUGGUCCCUUCAUCAUCAUGGAUUACAUAUUUCAUGACAAGAAGCUGGAAGACCUCCUCGUGGACCCGACCGUCCCGGAUGGCGAAGGAGACUUGGAUUUCACCAUUCCCAGCGAUCAGCUCGGGCGUUUGUACAGACAGGCCGCAAAAAUCAUUCUGCAGCUCUCCAAACUGGAGAUGCCCAGAAUCGGAUCUCUGCAGCAGCAGGGAGACUCCUUCGUCGUCGGCAGCCGGCCUCUGACGCAGGACAUGAACGAUUUGAUCGUUCAAGGGGGUAUUCCGCCCUCGAUGCUCCCUCCUGAAAACGCCACCUAUUCGACCUCCGACGAGUGGUACACGGCACUCGCCGACGUCCACUUCGCUCUCCUCACCUUCCAGCACAAUAAUGCCAUCGAUUCAGACGACGACUGCCGCGACAAGUUUGUAGCGCGGCACCUCUUCCGGCAGCUCGUACGCCAGGGCAAGCUUUUCGACGCCACAGCCACACUAGCAGGCUCGGGAGAAACCAGUGGACGCCCCAAGAAACCACCACCCCGAAAGCAAGCAAAAAAAGAAACAUUCCGCCUCUGGAUGGACGACCUCCGGCCGAGCAACAUCCUCCUCGACGCCGACCUCAACAUCGUUGGCGUGGUCGACUGGGAGUGGACCUACUUCGCGCCGUGCUCCUUCGUCCGCGACCCCCCCUGGUGGCUGCUGCUUGGACGGCCCGAUUACUGGGACGGGGGCUUGCUAGACUUCCGGGACAAGUACACCGGGGUGCUCGACGUGUUCUUCGACGCCGUUCGCGCCGAGGAGGAUCUAGAGCUGCAAGAGGACGACGACGAAGGGUGGUCUCUCGACCAGCAUAUUGAAACCCUGAGUCUUGAUGCGGUGCCGCUGUCGGAGCGGAUGAGACAGAACUGGGAAUCGGGUGCGUUUUGGGCCAACUAUGCCGCGCGGAGAUGCUACGGGUUUGAGCCGACCUUUUGGGAGUUUGUGGACAAGCGGUUCUUUGGGCCGAAUGUGGAGGGUGGUUAUGAAGGGAGGAUGAACCUGCUGUCGGAGAAGGUGAAGAGGCGGAUGGAGUCGUUUGUCGACAGGAAGGUGGAAGAGAGCAAAGAGAAGAAACUCGUAGAUUGGGACCCUGAAGAGGCCAGGGCUUAUCUAGCGGAGAUACUCGCUGAUCUUGACUAGGCCACCGUCCAUGAAUACCGAGAAUACACGGCCGGUUGGUACCAUGGUCCGUAACAGAGCGGCAUCAAUCUGAAAAAUCAGAUUCAUGAAGCUCGUCUGGGUCUAACCUAUAGUUGAUGUCGAACCGGCCCCUGAACAGGUCCCACAACGCAGU